AUGGUUUCUGAUUAUAAUUUUCACUCAGAUGGUAGGACCAGAAAGCCUCAUCGUUAUAGACCAGGAACUAUAGCUUUACGUGAAAUCCGUCAGUACCAAAAACAUACUGGAUUGUUGAUAAGGAAAUUGCCUUUCCAACGUUUAGUAAAAGAAAUUGCUCAAAACAUAAAACCUGGUUUUCGUUUCCAGUCAAGUUCCAUUGCAUAUUUAGUUUCUUUAUUUGAUGAUGCAAAUUUAGCAGCUAUUCAUGCUAAACGAGUCACAAUACAACUGAGGGAUAUGCAACUUGCAUGUCGUAUUCGUGGUAGAUAA